GUUCGGAACAACUGACUAAAGGCUUGUUCGGCGCUAAAACACCCUGUGCUCUCCACAGCCCUGUGGAUCGUGGCCCUCCGUUAUUGUCUUUUUAUCCCUCAACGUGGCUCCGAGGGGUUGUAUGACUCCUCUUUUAUCACUAUCUUGGGCUUGGAGGUGUGGAGGCCCGGGUCCCGCGGAGAAUAAUAACCAAAAUAGGGGAGAUGGGAGGGACCUUUGCCCGUAUUAAAGUAAUCUGUCCUUCGUCCAGGUCUGCACUUGUACCUGGUAUUGUUUCUAGUCGACCUUUUUUCAAGCGCUUGAAUCGACUCCCCCCCCCAUUAUUCAUAAAGCUGCUACUCCUCCACUUUUUCUGAUUACUUCUGCUUCUUUAAUUUCUCCUCUUUGACUCCUCCCCCUCUCCCACACACACAAACCCUCACAAUGUCCUACUACGGAGGCGACCCCUACAACCGCCCACCCCCGGGCCCUCCAGCCGGCUACGACCAACGCCCACCCUACGACAACAGACCCCCCUACGAUCGCGCCCCCUAUAGCGCUCCUCCACCCCAGGCGCGCCCCCCACCGGGUCCCCCUCCCCCUCUGCCGGCGGGCUGGCACCAAGAAUGGGAGCCCAACAUGCGCCGCGCCUUCUGGGUAGAAGACAACACCGGCCGCGCGCAGUGGGAACCACCCUACCAGGGACAGGGCUACUAUGAUGGUUCGCGGAGCGUGCCCCCGCCCGAAUCGCAGGGUGGUUAUUAUGCGCCCCCGCCCGGUCCUCCUCCGCCUGCUGGGUAUGAUCAGCGCGGGUAUGGAGGUGGCUAUGAGCAACAAGCACCCGUCGUGGUGGAGGAGAAGAAGAGCAACGCCGGCAAGUAUCUUGCGGCUGGUGCGGCUGGUUUGGCGUUGGGUGGCAUUGCAGGUGCUAUUAUUGAGCAUGAGCGUGAUGAGGAUUCGGAGCGCGAGGAGAUUGCCGAAGCCCGCCAGGAUGCAUAUUACGAGGGUCGUGAGGACCAGUACGAGGAUGAUGGUGGUUGGUGAUAGAAUUGCAGAAUGAGUCAAAGGGUUGAUUUGUGUUCUCAAUGUGCUUCUUGGUCGAGAAUUUCAUGGGUUGUUUUGAGACUGGGUUCUCGUGUCGGUUCUAGCAUUGCAGCGAUGAUUUAGUUAUCGGUUCCUCUACUAUCAGGAUCAUUUUCGCAUGGGAUAUCCUUUUCUAUUUUGUUGCCGCGCAAAUUACCAUGCGUCCUAAUGAGCGUCUCGAUUCCAUUUGGAUCAAAUAUAUAUCUACAAGUGUUUAUCACCCUCAAGCCAGUGCGCCCAAAACUCUUGCACCAACCUUCACUCGCC